AUGGUCGACUCAAGAUUGACCGAAGAAUUCGAGAAGAUGGAUGCUCCACAGCUCCGACGCCUCCUCACUCUGAUGUGCGACAACAAAAGCUUCUCUCUGAAGCAUCGCCGUGGAAAGCUUACUGUCAUGGCUCAGAAAGUAUGCGUUAUAGUCGAAGGGCUUCAUGACUGGAAAUCUGGAUUCUCUAGCUUCGACGAUUGCGAGAAUCAUAAGGAAGGAGAUGAGGAUGAGGAUGAUGAUAAUGGAGCUGAGGUUGAAGAUGUGCCAAGCAAAUCCAAGGACGAGAUGGACCAGCUAGUCAAAUCGAACAAGAGAAAAUACCCUGACUACGAUCCCAUCAUGUUCAAGUGCGAGAACUGCUACAAUCAAUUCAGCAUCUUUGAAAAUCCAUCCAAUGAUUGUUUGUGGCAUCCAGGCCAAAGAACGACAGAUCUUGACGAUGUCUGUUGGGCCGACCAUGACGUGGAGAAGUACGGAGUUGUUGAAGAUCUGAUUGAUGAUCCUGACUUCGAGGAUCGUUGGAUCUGGUCUUGCUGUGGAGAGCUUGGAAGUGAUUGGGGAUGCAAAUGUACAAGACAUAAGAUACUGGAGGAAUUCGAAGAGCUUGAGGACUCAUCCGAAGACUCAUCCGAAGACUCAUCCGGAGACUCAUCUGAAGAAUCGGGAGAGGUCGAAGAGCCGGCUUCCAAGAGGGCCAAAUAUUGUUUGUGA